AAGUAGGACGGGCCAGCUAGUUGCCAGUUGUGCUCUCCCAGGUAGAAAAGGAUGGUGGAUGGGUUAGCAUAGUGACAGUGGAGAAGAAAAAGACUGUAAGGGAUGCAUGCAGCUGAGAAGCAGAAACAGCAGGACUCGGGAGAUGAGCAGUCCCGGAGAAAAGGGAAGAGCAGUGGCUUUGAGCCAUCAGCAUCCAUCCUUAGAGUGGACCCUCCCCCGUUCCUAGCAGCCCUGGAGACCACGUGAUUCAGGGGCUAUUGCCCUCUGCCGGUAACUCUGUUCGAGUUCCAGUUUGAUAAGCAGAAACUUCCUGUGGUGGGGAACUCUGGGAAAGGGGACAGAGCCGGCCCAUUCCUGCCUCGGAGGUUUGGGAGAAGGGAGAUGGCCAGAGCUUCGUGCGCGUGGCAAGCCCUCUGGUUUCUGCAGUGGGCACCACUGUUCCUGGUACCCUUUGCUGCUCCUCCAGCCCGGGCCUUGAACCUGGACCCUGUGAAGCUGACUGUCUAUACGGGCCCCAAUGGCAGCCACUUUGGAUUCUCCGUGGACUUUCAUAAGGGCAACCACGGGAGCGUGUCCAUCGUGGUAGGUGCCCCCAGGGCCCUGAGCGAAAGUCAGGUGGAGACUGGAGGUGUGUUCCUGUGUCCCUGGAAGGCCAAUGGCAGCGAGUGCACCUCACUGCUCUUCGACCUCAAGGAUGAGACCCAAGUCACAGGCCUCCAAUCUUUCCAAACCUUCAAGACCGGGCAAGGACUUGGAGCAUCGGUCGUCAGCUGGAAUGACGUCAUCGUGGCUUGCGCCCCCUGGCAGCACUGGAAUGUCCUAGAACAGAACGAUGAAGCAGAGAAGACCCCCGUAGGUGGCUGCUUCCUGGCUCAGCUCCAAACCGGCGCCCGCGCACAGUACUCGCCCUGCCGCUCCAACAUCAUGAGCUCGGUUUACGAGAACAGUUUUACUAUAGACAAGAGAUACUGUGAAGCCGGCUUCAGCUCGGCGGUGACCCAGGCUGGGGAGCUAGUGCUUGGGGCCCCUGGCGGCUACUUGUUCUUAGGUCUCUUGACUCGGGCUCCAAUUGCGAGUAUCAUCUCUAGCUACCGCCCGGGGACGCUUCUGUGGUAUGUUCCCAGUCAGCGCUUCACCUUCGACUUCAGCAGUCCAGUGUUUGACGGCUACCGGGGGUACUCGGUGGCUGUGGGCGAAUUCGAUGGGGAUCCGAGCACAACAGAGUACGUGUUGGGUGCCCCUACUUGGAGCUGGACCUUGGGAGCGGUGGAAAUUUUGAACUCCAACUUCCGGAAUCUGCACUGGUUGCCUGGAGAACAGACGGCUUCGUAUUUCGGGCACUCGGUGGCAGUCACUGAUGUCAACGGGGAUGGGAAACAUGACCUACUGGUGGGGGCUCCACUGUACAUGGAGCGCAGGGCAGACCGCAAGCUGGCCGAGGUGGGCCGGGUAUACUUGUUUCUACAGCCUGGGAACCUCCAUACUCUGGUCUCCCCCACUCUCCUGCUGACUGGCACUCAGCUCUAUGGGAGAUUUGGAUCCGCCAUUGCACCCUUGGGUGACCUCAACCGAGAUGGUUAUAAUGAUGUUGCUGUGGCUGCCCCCUAUGGGGGUCCCAGUGGUCAGGGCCAAGUGCUGGUGUUCCUGGGUCACAGUGAGGGACUGCAUCCACGCCCCUCCCAGGUCCUGGACAGCCCCUUCCCCACAGGCUCUGGCUUUGGCUUCUCCCUUCGUGGUGCUGUAGACAUUGAUGACAACGGAUACCCAGACCUGAUAGUGGGAGCAUAUGGUGUUAGCAAGGUGGCUGUGUACAGAGCUCAGCCUGUGGCGGUGGCUACGGUCCAUCUGAUGGUUCAAGACUCCCUGAAUCCUACACUGAAGAACUGUCUUCUGGAAAAGACCCAGACACCGGUCAGCUGCUUCGACAUCCAGAUGUGCGUGGGAGCCACAGGGCACAACAUUCCUCAGAAGCUCCAGCUAAAAGCACAGCUGCAGCUGGACCUGCAGAAGCCCAGGCAGGGCCGCCGGGUGCUCCUCCUGACCUCUCAACAGUCGAGCCUCACCCUGGAUCUGGACCUGGGCGGAAGAGACAGACCCGUCUGCCACACCGUGAAGGCCUUCCUUCGAGAUGAGGCCGACUUCCGGGAUAAGCUGAGCCCGAUCAUGCUGAGUCUCAACGUGUCGCUGCCCAUAAAAGAGGCUGAAAUAACACCUGCCGUGGUGCUGCAUGGAGAGACCCAUGUCCAGGAACAGACCCGGAUCAUCCUGGAUUGCGGGGAAGAUGACCUGUGUGUGCCGCAGCUCAACCUCACAGCUACUGUGGGGGACUCCCCACUUCUAAUUGGCGCCGACAAUGUGCUGGAGCUGAAGAUUGAUGCAGCCAAUGAGGGCGAGGGGGCCUAUGAGGCAGAGCUGGCUGUGCACCUGCCUCCAGGAGCCCACUACAUGCAGGCUCUCAGCAACCUUGAGGGCUUUGAGAGGCUCGUCUGCAUUCAGAAGAAGGAGAAUGAGUCCAGGGUGGUACUUUGCGAGCUGGGCAACCCCAUGAAAAAGGACACCCGGAUGGGAAUCACGAUGUUGGUGAGCGUGGAGAAUCUAGAAGAAGCGGGAGAGUCCGUGUCCUUCCAGCUGCAGGUCAGGAGCAAGAACAGCCAGAAUCCGAACAGCAAGGUUCUGCUGUUGCCUGUGGCAGUCCUCGCUAAGGCCUCAGUGGAGCUUCGAGGGAACUCCUUCCCUGCUUCCCUGUUGGUGGCAGCAGAAGAAGGUGACAGGGAGCAGGACGGCUUGAACAGCACGGUCCUCAGGGUGGACCACACCUAUGAGCUUCACAAUGAUGGCCCUGGUACUGUGAAUGACCUACGACUAGUCAUCCACCUGCCAGGCCAGUCCCAGCCCUCGGACUUGCUCUACGUCCUGGAUGUGCAGCUUCAGGGGGGUCUCCUUUGCUCCUCACAGCCCUCCCCUAAUCCCCUCCAGAUGGUCUGGAGGCCACCCACUCCCAGCCCUUCUCCCUUUCCCUCGGUCCGUCACAAUCUCGAGCGCUACCGCAGGCAGGCGGUCCUGCAGGGGCCGGAGCAGCCAGGGCAGUGGGACCCGGUUCUGGUGAGCUGCGACGGCUCAGCGCCCUGUACGGUGGUGGAAUGUGAAUUGAGGGAGAUGGCGCGCGGGCAGCGGGCCAUGGUCACCGUGCACGCCUUGCUGCAGAUGCCCAGCCUCCGCCAGAGGCCGCAGGAGCAGUUUGUGCUGAGGUCGCACGCCUGGUUCAACGUCUCCUCCCUACCUUACUCGGUGCCAGUGCUCAGUUUGCCCAGCGGGCAAGCUCUGGUGCAGACACAGGUGCUUUGGGCUUUGGAGGACAGGGCCAUUCCUCUCUGGUGGAUCCUGGUAGGCGCGCUGGGCGGUCUGCUGCUGCUGACUCUGCUAGUUUUGGCCAUGUGGAAGGCUGGCUUCUUCAAGCGGAAUCGACCACCCCUGGAAGAAGAGGAAGAGGAAGAGUGAUGACAUUAGAGUUUGGUCCUGGUGGGAAGGCUGGGUGCCUGCUUCCCCUCUCAUUUCCAGCCAGUUGCCUCUGCUCAGAACUCCAUGGGUUCAAACCAUCCCAUGGGGCCUUUCUUUCCCAGCAGGCUGGUCACCCCACCUCUUUCCUUACUGCCUAAUAAAGAGCUUGAUCUCCAUA